GCGAAGUCGGUGGUUGGAGGCGGCUGAGGGGAGGAGCGGCCGCUCCACUCGGCGCAGCCGAGAGAAGGAAAGAAGGGGCUGAUCGGGAGGCAGAAGCGCUGGGACCGCACAGGCGGCGCCGCCGCCAGUGGGGAUGUGCAGCGAAGGCCCUGGGCCCCCCGGCGGACUGAGGAGCUGAACGAGCAGGGAGGAGAGGACGGGCUGAGGGAAGAUGGCGGCGCCAGCGGCGAGUUCUGCAGUUCCUUCCAGUGCCCCGGCGGCGUCCCGGCGCCGCUCUCGAGCGGGAGGCGUGAGGCAGCGCUGCCAGUGGCUUAUUUUCUGGGUGCCGGUCGUCUUCAUCGGCAGCAUCCUCGCCUGGUCCUACUACGCCUAUGUCGCCCAGCUCUGCUUGCUAACAAUGACAAAUAUUGGAGAAAAAGUGGUGUGCCUGAUUGCCUAUCAUCUAUUUUUCAUGAUGUUUUUGUGGUCUUACUGGAAAACAAUCUUUACGUUACCAAUGAAUCCAUCCAAAGAAUUCCACCUGUCCUAUGCAGAUAAAGAAUUAAUGGAGAGAGAAUCUAGAACUGAAACUCAUCAAGAAGUGCUGAAAAGAGUAGCCAGAGACCUCCCCAUCUAUACAAGAACAAUGUCUGGAGCAAUCAGAUACUGUGAUAGAUGCCAGCUUGUAAAGCCAGACCGGUGUCAUCAUUGCUCUGUUUGUGAUAAGUGUAUUUUGAAAAUGGAUCAUCAUUGUCCUUGGGUGAACAACUGUGUUGGAUUCUCCAAUUACAAAUUUUUCCUUCUGUUCUUGGCAUAUUCUCUAUUAUACUGCCUUUUCAUUGUUGCAACUGAUCUACAGUAUUUUAUUAGAUUCUGGACAAACGGCCUUCCCGAUACUCAAGCCAAGUUCCAUAUUAUGUUUUUAUUCUUUGCUGCAGCCAUGUUUUCUGUCAGCUUAUCCUCUCUCUUUGGAUAUCACUGUUGGUUAGUCAGCAAAAAUAAAUCAACGUUAGAGGCAUUCCGGGCACCUAUUUUUCGCCAUAGAACGGAUAAGAAUGGCUUUAGCUUGGGCUUCAGCAAAAACCUAAAACAAGUCUUUGGAGAUGAGAAAAAAUAUUGGUUGUUGCCAAUUUUUACCAGCCUAGGUGAUGGAUGCUCCUUCCCUACCUGCCUUGUUAAUCAAGAUCUUGAACAAGCUUUUACUCCAACAGGACACAGUUCUUCAAGCAAAAAUGAGAAUAAUCAUCAUUUUCCUGCUAAGCCUCUACGAGACUCCCAAAGCCACCUUCUUACUGACCCUCAGUCUUGGAUAGAAACCAGUACAAGUCUUGAAAAGAACAAAUUGGGUAUAAGCAAUCCUGCACUAACUAUGGAAAAUGAAACCUAGUCAUGCAAGUAAAAGGGAGAAAUCCUGGAUCUUCAAAUUCAGAAUUGUUGAUGAGAGAAUAAGAGGAUGAAGGAUUCCUCCACAACUUCAGCGUCCAUCAACCAGGUGUUCCAGUCCACUGCUGCGUGGAUAUGCCCAGAAGAUUUUGCAAGUUCUACUUUAGCUGUCUCCCUGUUGUCACUUGAAAUAUAAGACCUGUUGACAUCUCCUAUGUGUAUAAAGAAUAUUCUGGUUAACACAAAAUAUUGUUAAAAUACAAAAGAGAAGUCUUGAAACUUACAUCUUGGGGAAACAGGAAGCCUUAAUACAUACAGGACAACAUUUACUCCUUUGCAGAUUAUAAGAGCAGUUUGUACAUUGGUAUUAAUAACUCAGAUGAGUGUGAGCUGUUUAACGUAAAACCUGAACAUGCUCUUGCAGCAGUUCUUGAACCUUUAAGUCUUGCCUUCAAUUUCUACCUGGAAACUAUAUCCUAAUGAAUAUACUGUCAGCUCUGAUGAAUGCCCAGCAAUCAAUGCUGAUGGUUUGCUCACUGGUUGGGUAUAAUGACUGUAACAUAUUUUGAUUCCCUAUCUUCAGCUGAAUUAGCAACAUAGUUUUAAUUGUAAGCUAACCAUGAAAAUGUUUGCAAAAGGCUUUGUUGAUACUAACAUAAUAUUCCUGCCACACCUUUCUACAUGGAUCAUCUACUUAUAGCUAGGCUAUAAUUCUCUUAAUUAUAUUGGAGAAACAGAACAAAACUCCACAUAUAAUUUAUGUCUGUGUAAGUUAAGGUCAUGUAGUUAAACAUGCUCAGAGCAAAGUUUUGUGAAAGUGUAAAUGUGUGACAGCUUACUAUUUGGUUAAUCAACCUUAUUAGAACUGUUUGAUGUUAAUAUUUCUUGAGAAUGCUUAACUUAAAGCUUAGCCCAAGUUUGCACCUGUAAGAGGCUGUUUUAAUUACACGACCCUUUUCUCUGUUUGAUUUACAUUCCAGGAAUUGCUGCAUUCCUUAACAUUACCCUGAUAUACAUACAAGGAGAUGUGUACUAUGAUUUUGACUGCGCUCUGUUAAGCCAAGAGGGCCUUGCAGAGACCCAUUAGAAAUGAAUCUACGUUACCAGGGUUUUCAGGAUAGCUUUUGUAUGAUCAGUUUAACUGCAAAGGUUUAAAACCUUUUCAGAAGUUUCUGAUGCCAAGGAAAUUGCAGUUUCAUAGAUGAGCUUUUAACAGUGCCUUUGCAUGCACAUUAUGUCAAAUGAAAUGAAUUUAAUGUAUCACACAAAAUACAUUAUGCUGUUUACAUAAGAUAGGUAGUCAUAUAUCUAAUAUCAAAACGGUUCAUAAAUGUUGAUUAUAUUAUUAGCUAUGAAACAACAGUGAAGAAAAUGUUCAUCUCAUUCAAGUACAUACCCGAGGAGCAGAAACUGCAGCAUCAAAAGUCAGUUUGGCUAUCAAUUUAACAUUUUAUAUACACCCAGUACAAUAUAGGUCUGGCUUUACGACUUCACAGCUACAGUAGCACUAAGUGUUUCAUACAACCAUUAUUUCUUUUGAGUGUAGCCAAGUAAAUGGACUUUAGUUAUUUCAAAAUGAUUCUUCUGGGUAGAGCAGUUCUAUUAAAGUCAGAUAGUGUGAUGUCUCUGUGAUGACAUCAAUGCAAUUAUAAGAAUAUGAAUUUGAAGGAACAUUUCCUCCUUAACAUAUGAAUCCAUGUGAAGAAUCUUUGCAAGCUUAAUCACCAAAAGUGCCAGAGUAGAACCCCUAUGAGUUAGAAUAUUUGAGAAUUUUAUGUGCUGUAGUACAUGGUUUUAUACAGUGUAUGUAGGCAUUUUGCAUUCCUUAGCAUAGUGUUCUUUUCUAUCUCUAUUAAGACUUGGAAGUUGUCACAAAAUCAGAGGGACAGAAUAGCAAAUACAGGUAUUUCCAUUGCUUGAUCAUAAUGUUUGCUGACCUGGCAUUGACAGUCGUGCAGUGGUUAACAAGCCAGACUUGUCUAAUUAUCCUCACUGGCAAGGCUCGGCACUUUGUCUGACCCAUGGUGGCAUGGCUUCUAUAAGGUAAGGAAGCCAUAACCCUCAAAUAACCUACUGGUUAUUGUUGGGUUGAGGGUUACUGCCCCUCCCACUACCAACAAGCAAGCCGUGACACUCAGAUUUGGGUAGCAGAGCAUGCUGCACGGACAAUAGUAAUUAGUGAAAUCUGGCUGGCAUAUUUGAUGGAGGAAAUAGGUCACCAUGGCUUAUUUCGCUCACUGCAAUCAUGCAGACCUUAUCUGUUGUGAUGUGCUUUUCUGUUCUGUUGGGUUCUGUAAUACUUGCUAGUGUUCAUUAAACUGCAUAUAAACUGAAGGGUCUAGAGUUAAGGUCUAGAAAGGCAGAGGACAUAUCUAAUAUGGCUCUCACAACUGUUGUCAUCAAUAUUUUCUGGAAAGGUGGGAUUCAUGCAAAAGAUAAAGAGAGCCUUAUCACAGAAAAGGUAAUAAAUGUAAAUUAGGAAUAGCUUUUCUGUGCUUCAACCAUGACCGUAUUACUCUGGAAAUAAAUUCCACUGAUUUUGUGAGCUGAGACUUCCAAUAAAUGUACAUGGUAGUCGGGGGGUGGUGCCAAUGGAGUAGUGCUGAUAGUAAGUAUAGCUGUAAAGGACGAGCCUACCUACAGAAAUCUAGAGAAGCUCUAUAACUUCCAGAUUGUGGGAAAGCAAAUAUCAAACUCCCUCUCCAACAACACCGAAGGAAUACGUUCUCUUACUCCAUCACCACUAACAGUAGGCAUGGUUAAAGAAAUUUUAGUUAAUUGGGUGUGUGAGUUUGUCGAUCAAUUUUGUCUUAUUUACUGAACUUGUAAAUGGAUAAAAACAGUAGCUUGGAAGGAAGAGGCAUACUCUGUUUUUAGAUGAUUCAAAGCAUUAUAUUAGAGUUACUCCCUUUUAGGCAAAUGAAAAAUGAAAUGCCUAUUAUGAUGUUCCUUGCUAUCUUUUGUGUUUAUGCUUAUUUGUGUUAAAAAUGUAAAACAGAUCUCUCCUACUGAGCUGGGGUUCUUGGUUUUCAUGUGGUUUAUAGUGCAGUCCAACACAGCAGGAGUGUAGGACCAUUGGCCCCUUGGGCAGUCCACAGAGUUUUCUGGGUUUCUUCCAGUGGAUGGGAAGCCCCAGCAACAGAACCAUCACUGUUACCUGAGGUCUCAGAUUGGAGACAGUGUGAGGGAGGGAGGGGUUCGGAUUCCCUCACACUGUAAGUACACACAUAGCUGGGACUCGUGAACUUAAUAGUGCCUGAUUAAACGUGCACUAGAGAUUGCACUGUAAACUAAUUUCUAAACCAUUUAUGCCCCAAUUUAGCACUAAAAAGUUGUUGUGAUUGCUUUUCUUUUACACAUCAAUGUUCAAGUUUACAAGCUUUGGACUGGAUCCAGGUUUUUGUGGGUGGCAGUGGUCAUCUCCAUCCUUUCCUCUCUGUAGCAGCCCCUUAAACGGCAAUGUAGAGUCAGGUGAUUCUGUACUGUCAGCAGAAGCAGGGAUCCCAAGGUACCUUCCAUACUUCAGAAGGCACAUGUGCCCAGUUUUCAGAGAUCUAAUCCCAUUCAGCAGGGUCUGCUAACUCAAUAAUAUUUGAAGGGCUGUUUUGGUGGGACAGAGCAGUUUGCUUCCACCAGCUGUAUUGCACAGACCUAAAUCUGAUUCUAAUGCAUGUGCCUAGGACAUGAAGAUAUCAGUCCUAUCAGUAAUCAGUUCAGAAAGUCUACUAUUACAAUACAUGCCUAGUGAUACUUCAGUAAUUAGAAUACCUAGGACAGGUUUUGCAACCAAUGGAUCAUUUGCGGCUAAGUAUUUCUUUUAGAAUUAUAAUUUUUACUGAACAUUCAAUUUAAGUGUAAAGCAAUAUUUGUGGAGUAUAUAGGAUGCUGCUAAGACUUGCAUACCUGCUUACAAUGUUGUUAUACCAUUGUUGCAUUUCAGAACUCUACCAUUCCCUGACAUUGCUUGUAUAGAGCAGGUGCUUGGCCUCAUAUACCCUACUUUUUCAUGUGAAAGUUUUUUUUUUUUUUUUUACUGCUAUGGGCAACAUAUUUUUACUGCUUAGUUCAGUAUUAAUAGUCCAAGUUCCAGCAGCUCUGAUUCUUUGUUUAGAGAUUUAGUGUAGCAACAUUUUAGUACACAAACCACUAACACAUACUGACCAGAGGCCAAACCUCUCAAGUGUUUCCAUUAUGUCCUUACUGCUAUCAGAAGUGUUUCAAUUAACUCUUUCCAAAGUUUAAAAAAAAUCUUUUAAAAUCUUUUUUAAAAAUCUGCAAAGACUAGCAGUGAGAUGCGAGGGUUCACUGGCAGUACCAGUGCAGUUUUUAUUGUUGACUUUUAUAACUUUCUAGAACUAGUUAUUUUUGGAUGUUUCUUCUGCACAUGGAAACACUCACCUAUCUGAUCAAAUUGUCUCCAUCACAACCAUAUACCUUUCAUAGAAAUCUGAGUAAUCUCAAGCAUUAUUUUUAAUGAAAGUCUAUUAGCAGCAGUUGAAAAUAUAUUUUCCUAGAAAAAAGCUUCAGAGAGAAUACUGCCAGUCUUUAUUGGAGAUAAUUUUAUUAUAGUGCUGAUUCCUAAUAGGGCUUUUGGUACAGCACAUAAUGUGCAUUGAAAAGGGGAACAGGAGUGGAACUCCCAUAUGUGGCCAAUAUGCAUGCAGUCAUAGCUAUUUUUUUUUAGGGGGGAGUACAACUGACCAACAGUACAGUAGGCUGGAUACUCCCCAUCUAACAAAGAACAGGCUGUUGCUAUGUCUGUAUUGGCUGAUGACCUGCCAUGUCUUUCUGAUCAAAAUUAUGGACAUACAUUGUGAAUAGAUUUGGUUUCAAAUAUAGGUUUUGGAUUGAACCUGUAUUGAUGCAAACCACCUUAUACAGAUGUUGAAUUUUUUACAUUGGACUAUAUACCAGCUCACACACUGACAUGCCCACUGGGAUAUCUAAAUCAAUCAAUCUCUCUCUCUCUCUCUCUCUCUCUCACACACACACACACACACACCAUCAACUGCUUCAUAGAUUUCAGCUCACAUGAGCUGUCAGCCAGCCACAAGCAAUACAUUUGUGAAAUUAUUGCCACUAGCUGUUUCUAUUUAAAUCCUGCCUCUCCAGAUGGCUAUUCCCCCAUGUUUUGCAAGUCACAGUUGCAUCAAUUGUACCGCAAAUCACUGCUCUUCUAGGGGAAAAUAUUAAGUUUGUAGCAUACAAAACCAACAGUAUUUCCUUCUAUGAAGUAUUUUCUCAAACACAUUUCAAAUUUGCCCAAUUCCCUUUAUCAUUUUUUUAACUUCUUCAGAUAGGCAUUUGUCUGUAAGUAAACUCAUUGCAUGUGCUAGAGAUCAAAGCUGCUAGCUGCCAAAACUUCCGUAGACUUGUGAGGGCCUAUUUCCCAGCUUCUAGGAGCAUGGGAGAUCACUAUUAGCUCACCAACACGAUCUGUUCCCAGACCUAUUGAUGCUUACUCACAUAAAUGCCCCCUCAAGUACAACUGAAAAUGCUUAUGUGAAUAAAAAAUUUCCUCUGAACCAAUCUUUAAAUGAGUAUCAAUUAUAACUAAGCAGAUGGUGUAAUAAUAGUAUUAUCCACUUAGAUGUGAAGCCCCUGUUUUGCUCUGUUUUAAGAUGACGAAAUAGGGUAUUAUAUUGUAAAAGCCACUCAAUGCCUGACAUCCUUGUAAAUACUAGUGUUCUUACACAUAGCGGGUUUUACGUCCCUAGGGUGUUUAAAUACUUAAACUAUUUAACAGUGAAAGCAAAAUCAUGAAUUAUUGUCAAGCUCAGUUCCCAGUAUCUUGUUUAACUGACAGUAGCUAACUCCUAUAAUGGCUAGAUUCGGGUGCUAAAAACCAGCUGAGUACUAAGUAUUAGAAGCAUGCCCCUGAGGUCAACAGGUGUUUACCUUAUGAAGGUGGUUACACAUUCUUAAGGUGUUUUCUUGCAAUGUUAACUUUAUACCUUGAGCACCAAUUUAAUAUCCAGAAGAGGUCCCUCUCCAUGUGAUUAUUUGGCAAGAGAACUCUCUUUCUCUGAAGGGCAAAACAUUUCCAAGGCUACCACACUUCUGCUGGUUAAGCCUUUAGACUUCAGUUUAGAAGAUCAUGAUUUGUGCCUAAAAAGUUUGACAGAACUGAAGUUUCAUAUUACAGUAGAAGCAGAUCUAUAGGACAGGUCACCCUAAGUGGCAAACAAUCCCAUAUGUGCAAGCUUGAUAAAUAGAGUAGACAUGCAUAGUCUUAAAGGGUGUUAAUUUUGAAAACUCAAGGACUUUUAUAAAUCCUCUAUAUGGAGGCUUGGAAUGCAAAACUAACAGGCAGACAUUUCCUUUUACUAUUUUAAUAUAGCUUUUACUAGUGCAAGAGCUUUUAAAAUUCAGAUUUCUGGGUAACAACUCCUAAUGUUUAUUGUUAUUUUCACAGAAGAAAGUCCACUUUGAAUGAAUGGCUGUUUGAACUAAGGAAACUGCAGGGUAGGGUCCCUUCUGCACACUAGCAUCAGUGCCAAGAUCACCUCUCUACUAGUUGAGAACUAUAAUAAUUAAUGCACUUUAGUAAUUGGGGUUCUUGUCAAUUGCAUAUAUGAAAACCAGUUUGAGACUGAAAUCCUCUAUGUGCUUACUUGGGAAUAAGUCCUGUUGGAUAUGAUGGAACUUCUACUUAGAUAUUUCACUGUAAAGUUCUGAUGCUAAGCGAAAAAAAGGAGCUGCAAUCUUGUAAAACAAAAAUUCUCUCAGCAAAGUUUAGAACAAUCAAUAACAGUAAGAUGUGAUGUAAACGCAAGACCCACCACUUAAUACUAAACAAAAUCCACAUAACUCAAACAUACUCCACAUCAAAUAGGCAAACUAUGAAAGAAAGAAAAUGCUUAUGAGUAUUGUAUGUAAACAGAUUCAGCCUAGGAUCUUUUAUGCUCAAAAAUAUGGCAUUUGGGUGAACUUUGAUUCCAAAUCCAAUGCAGAGGCUGGGGGAAGAUUUAUGAAGAAAAUGAAAAUUAAUUGCAUCGUUUUCCCCAGCAGAUAGCUUCAGUGAUUUGACUGGUUACUGUAUUACAGCAUUGCUUUACAAGGAUACCAAGUAUGUCUUUACAUGCAGAACAUUCUGCAGAAUGACUUGCAAAUUAGCCUCUCAGAAUACUCAGGGUACUGUGAGUGGACAAAUGUUACUUUGCCUACCAGGAAUCGGUUCUUGAGGACACAGACAACAUUACUGCAUACAUUUGUUCUACUCAUUUUCUUUACUCCUCUUCAUGCUUUGCUGUUUCAGUAAUCUUGGCAAGACUUUUGAAGCAGAAUGAAGAAUCCUUGCCUCCCAACUGUUCUGCUUCAGAAUGGCUUUGAAAUAUCUUUUCAUGAAACUUUUGCAAUGCUUGCCUGAGUGCAUGUUGCUAAGAUGCAAUAUUGUACACAGCUACAGGUCUUGCGCAGAGUGAAAGAGCUUCUUGCUUUGCUUUCUUUUGUACUCUGUAAAGCAGUAUUAUGUAUUUUUGUAUAUUAACUUGCUGCUGGAAAAUAAAUUAAAAACUUUAAGACAAAUGA